AUGCCCGGCAACGCCAACGUCUCCGGAGCUGGAUUCCCCUUUCGGUGGAGAGGCCCCGAUGAAAAAGAACAACGCAGAAACAACGGCAGGCGCCUGAGCCGCGCCGAUUGCCAGGUCCGCGGCCGAGGCUGUAACGAUCUAGACCAGGCGGUCGGUGACGGAGCCGAGGUUCAAUCGUGGACUCCUGGGGGGCACCCCUUCGACUUUGCUGGUUAUCCAACAAAUCUCGAGACAAGGUCGACGGGGCCCGGGGCAACUGUUGCUAUCUCGGUCGAAUGA